UCACGUGACUCCAGCAUGGCGGAUGUCAAUGAUACGGUAAAUACGUAGAGUGCACACGGUGAUGUAGAAAGUGCACUGGGUAUUCGGUUUUCUUACGGAUGGAUGUCAUACUGCAGCAUCGAUGAUCAAAAUGUUUUUGACCAGAGCCCUAGAAAAGAUCCUAAGUGAUAAGGAGAUAAAAAAGACUUACCAUUCACAGUUGAAGAAAGCCUGUGAGGUGGCACUUGAUGAAUUAAAAAAUGAUAACAAAGACAAGCAGAGACAGGAAACUGGAGUAUCUUCAGCUUUGCCAACUCCAAAGCAUGCUGGUGUUGUGGAGGCAGACAAGUAUUUCUUGCCUUUUGAGUUAGCAUGUCAGUCCAAGAGUCCAAGGAUUGUCAACACUGCCUUAGAUUGUCUUCAGAAACUUAUAGCCUAUGGGCAUCUCACUGGUAAUAGCCCAGACUCUACAUCACCAGGCAAAAGAUUAAUAGACCGCAUUGUGGACACUAUCUGUGGCUGUUUUACUGGUCCACAGACAGAUGAAGGUGUGCAGUUACAGAUUAUCAAGGCCCUGUUGACAGUUGUAACAACAAAUACUUGUGAGAUCCAUGAAGGCACUGUUCUUCAAGCAGUCCGAACAUGCUACAACAUCUAUCUGGCCAGCAAAAACCUGGUCAAUCAGACCACUGCAAAGGCCACUCUUACACAGAUGCUUAAUGUUAUUUUUAGCCGAAUGGAGCAACAGGCUGAACAAGAAGCCAAACAGAGAGAACGCAGCAAUAGUAAAACUUCGACCAAGAGCAAUCUACAGGAUUCCAAAGAGAACAGUCCUGAAAGUGAAAGUAGAGACGAAGAGGAGCAGCUACAGAAUAGAGAUUCCCCACAGGGUCAAAAGGAGUCCCCUUCUUGUACAGAAGAAGCACAGUCACACAAAGAGGGAGACCAGGACAUGACAGCCUCAACAGGUUCAUUGUCCGUGGUGGGAGAAAGAAACGGUCCACAACAAAAUAAUGUGGAGAGCAGGGACAUGUCAGGUUCAGAAGUUAUAAGUGAAAUUCUUGAGGACCUCAUUGAUAAUGUAGCUGGAGGCUGCUUUCUAUCAUUGUCCACUGCUGUUUCAGUCUCCACAUCAUCAGAUUCUGCACCUGAAAAGAUCCCAUCUGUAACAGAAAGUGGUGGAAAAGACUCCACCCCCACCCAGUCCAAUGCUGUUGCCCCAAAUUCUCUUCCUCUUGUUUCUACCCCUUCCUCAUCCACACAGACUACCCCAGUCACCCCAAGUGGAGUUGAUUUAAGAGGAUCUCUUGCCUGUGACAGCAUAGAAGGAGAAGGAGUGCAAGGAGCAUUCAGUCAUAUUCUGCAGAAAGACGCUUUUCUUGUCUUCCGCAGUCUUUGCAAACUUUCCAUGAAACCCCUAGGAGAUGGACCACCUGAUCCAAAGUCACAUGAGUUGCGCUCAAAGAUCCUGUCACUGCAGUUGUUGCUAUCAAUCCUUCAGAAUGCAGGACCUGUGUUCCGAACUAAUGACAUGUUUAUCAAUGCCAUCAAGCAAUACCUGUGUGUGGCACUGUCCAAAAAUGGUGUCAGCUCAGUGCCGGAGGUUUUUGAGCUUUCUCUAGCCAUCUUCCUCACCCUUCUGUCCAACUUCAAGCAGCACCUAAAGAUGCAAAUUGAGGUGUUUUUUAAGGAAAUAUUUCUGUACAUUUUGGAAACAUCCAGUAGUUCCUUUGAACAUAAGUGGAUGGUCAUCCAAGCCCUUACACGUAUAUGUGCAGAUGCACAGAGUGUGGUGGAUAUUUAUUUGAACUAUGACUGUGACCUUGCACUUGCCAACAUCUUUGACCGUCUGGUCAAUGACCUGUCAAAAAUUGCUCAAGGCAGGCAUGCUCUCGAACUGGGUGCUACGCCGAAUCAGGAGAAGAGUAUGCGUAUAAAAGGCUUACAGUGUCUUGUGUCUAUCCUCAAAUGCAUGGUGGAAUGGAGCAAAGACCUGUAUGUCAAUCCUCAUUCUCAAUCAAACCUUGGUCAAGACAAUAAGCCAUACACUGAAACUGACAGUGACAGUGGCAAGGGAACAAUGGCUAGCUAUGGUAGUGUCAACUCCCUGAGUUCCAACAACAGUGCCACUCAGGCCACAGGAAUUCCUGCCCUUGACUCUCCAGAGCAGUUUGAGGUGCUGAAGCAGCAGAAAGAGAUUGUAGAAAUGGGACUGGAUAUGUUCCAGAAGAAACCCAUGAAGGGCAUCCUGUAUCUUCAAGAGCAAGGAAUGCUGGGAAAAUCUGCAGAAGAUGUUGCUGAGUUUUUUCACACCGAAGAGAGACUAGAUAAGACUGUACUGGGAGACUUUUUGGGAGAAAAUGAAAAAUUCAAUAAAGAGGUGAUGUAUGCAUACGUUGACCAAAUAAACUUCACAGAAAUGCCCAUUGUCCCUGCCCUGAGAAAAUUCUUGGAUGGCUUCCGAUUGCCUGGGGAAUCACAGAAGAUUGACAGACUGAUGGAGAAAUUUGCUUCUAGAUUCUGUGAAUGCAAUCCGAACUCUGAACUGUUUUCCAGUGCUGACACAGCAUAUGUUCUGGCAUUUUCAAUCAUCAUGCUCACAACAGAUUUGCACAGUCCACAGGUGAAGCAGGGUCAAAAAAUGACCAAAGAACAAUACAUUCGUAUGAACCGGGGCAUCAACGACAGCAAAGAUCUGCCUGAAGAGUACCUGUCUUCUAUCUAUGAUGAGAUUGCUGGCAAUCAGAUUAAAAUGAAGCCGGCAGGAGGGCACAAACCAAACACUUUUGCCAAGGAUAUAACCAGCAACAAGCAGAGAAGACUUCUGUACAACGUGGAGAUGGAACAAAUGGCACAGACAGCCAAGGUUCUCAUGGAGAGUGUCAGCCAUUUUAAGUCCUCAUUCACCUCAGCCACACAUCUUGAGCAUGUCAGGCCUAUGUUCAAGAUUGCUUGGACCCCAUUCUUGGCUGCCUUCAGUGUGGGAUUGCAGGAUUGCGAUGAUCAGGACAUCGCUCAGCUGUGCUUAGAUGGGAUCCGAUGUGCUAUUCGCAUUGCUUGCAUCUUCCACAUGGAGCUGGAGCGUGAUGCUUAUGUUCAAGCCCUGGCCAGGUUCACGCUGUUGACAUGUGCUACACCUAUCACGGAGAUGAAGAUCAAGAACAUAGACACCAUCAAGACACUCAUCUCGGUAGCCCACACAGAUGGCAAUUAUCUAGGAGGCUCCUGGUUAGAGAUCUUGCGUUGCAUUUCUCAGUUGGAACUGGCUCAGCUUAUUGGGACAGGAGUGAAACCUUCAUUGCCUAAACAUAUCACAUCAAAAGACUCUUCAUUUGUCCACCCAAUUGAGGCUUUUGAUCCAGAGGUAAUAGCCCGUGGUGGCCUGAGUGGAAUGGACAGGCAGCGACUGGCCAAUUUCCAGGAAACAGUUGGAGAGACAAGUUCCCAGAGUGUGGUAGUGGCUGUUGACAGAAUUUUUACUGGGUCUGUCAAACUAGAUGGAGAUGCAAUAGUGGAAUUCACAAAGGCACUUUGUCAAGUUUCACUGGAAGAACUAGCAAGCCCAACACAUCCCCGCAUGUUCAGUCUGCAAAAGAUAGUUGAAAUAUCCUACUACAACAUGGGUCGCAUCAGGCUACAGUGGUCACGCAUCUGGCAGUUCAUUGGUGACCAUUUCAACAAGGUUGGCUGCAGUCCUAUGGAAGACGUUGCCUUUUUUGCUGUGGACUCCUUGCGCCAACUGUCCAUGAAAUUCAUAGAGAAGGGCGAGUUUUCCAACUUCCGCUUCCAGAAGGACUUCCUUCGACCUUUUGAACACAUUAUGAAGAGGAACAAAUCACCUACCAUUCGUGACAUGGUUGUGCGAUGUGUGGCGCAGAUGGUCAACUCCCAGGCAGCCAGCAUCAAGUCUGGAUGGAAGAACAUCUUUUCUGUCUUCCAUCUGGCUGCUUCUGACCAUGAUGAGGGAAUUGUGGAACUGGCUUUUCAAACAACAGGCAAAAUUAUUUUGAGUGUAUUUGAAAAGCACUUCAGUUCCAUCAUCGAUUCCUUCCAAGAUGCAGUGAAGUGCCUGAGUGAGUUUGCGUGCAAUGCUGCCUUUCCUGACACCAGCAUGGAGGCCAUCAGACUCAUCCGCAAUUGUGCGAAAUAUGUGGCAGAGAAGCCACAUAUCUUCCGGGAACAUGCUGGUGAAGAGAUGAAUGUUCCAGAGGAGGAUAGAGUGUGGGUGAGAGGGUGGUUUCCAGUGCUGUUUGAGCUCUCGUGUGUCAUCAACAGAUGUAAACUAGAUGUCCGUACAAGAGGCUUGACUGUGAUGUUUGAAAUUAUGAAAACCUAUGGCGAGUCAUUCCAGCCUCACUGGUGGCGUGACCUAUUUCGCAUCAUCUUUAGAAUCUUUGAUAACAUGAAGCUGCCUGAACAGAUGAGUGAGAAGGCAGAGUGGAUGACAACGACAUGCAAUCAUGCUCUGUAUGCCAUAGUGGAUGUCUUCAGUCAGUACUAUGAGGUUUUGAACCCUGUCUUGCUUGAUGAUCUUUACCAGAUGUUAAAGUGGUGUGUCCAGCAAGACAAUGAGCAGUUGGCAAGAUCUGGGACCAACUGCAUGGAAAACCUGGUAAUUUCCAAUGGCACCAAGUUCUCUAGCUCUGUAUGGGACAAAACAUGUUCGUGCAUGCUGGGCAUCUUCAAGUGUACAAUUCCACAUGACUUGCUGACAUGGCACCCAGACUUGGGUGACAGUCAUCUGACUGUUCAGUCAUCCAACGAUGAAAAUGUUUCUUCUGAAGGACAGGGUGAUUCACCACAGCGACAGAGGACGGAAAGCAUUCAUAGCACUGCGAGCACCAUCUCUAGGGAAUCUCGAGAUCAUUGUAUUCCAAAAGCUAAGGUGCAGCUGUCGGACCACCAGUUGUUCCAGGGUUUGCUAAUACGUUGCGUGGUGCAGCUGGAGCUGAUCCAAACCAUUGACAACAUUGUAUUUUUUCCUGCCACCAGCAGGAGAGAAGAUGCAGAAAAUUUGGCAGUAGCUCAGGGCAAUGUUGAUGAGUCUCACCUGCUUGAUCCAAGCCAUGAUCAGCAGCAAGAGGACCAAGGCAUGUACCAGUUCUUGAGCUCCCCACAGCUGUUUAUGUUCACUGACUGUUUGCUGCAGUCACAUCGCUUUGCCAAACAGUUUAAUGCCAACCAUGAGCAGCGCAACAUACUAUGGAAGGCAGGAUUCAAAGGGAAGGCCAAACCCAAUCUUCUGAAGCAGGAGACACAAAGUCUGGCCUGUCUUUUUCGAAUCCUUUUUCGAAUGUACAAUGAUGAGGCAAGGAUGGAUGCAUGGCCACAGGUUGAGCGACUGCUUCUAGACGUUUGUCAUGAAGCACUAGAAUACUUUCUGUCACUGCAGUCAGACAGUCAUCGUGAAGCCUGGAGCAGCCUGCUUCUCCUCAUUAUUACCCGCAUGCUGAAAAUGUCAGAGGAUAGGUUUCGGGUCCAUGCAGCAUUCUACUAUCCACUUUUGUGUGAGACCAUAAUGUUUGACCUCAAAGUGGAGAUGAGGUCGAUUUUGAGAAAGUUCUUUGCCCGAGUUGGAUCUGCAUUUGGAGUCACUGCAAAGGCAUAGCACAAAAAUGCAAAAUAAUUCAAAUUUGCUGGGAGUUCGCCUAUUUGCCAGGGACUUUGUGCAUUUAUUUUGCGUAAUGCAGUCAACAGUCAUAGUGGUUGUUAUAACAAAGUAUAUUUUGAUAUUUUUUUUGCUUGUAAAUGUUUUUAACUUUAUGGAACUUUGUUGGGAUUUGUAUGCUGUAUCUGGGGAGAUGUGUGAAUGUUCUGUAGUUUGUUUGCACAUUUCAGACUGUGAUUGGAGAGAUCCAUGUUUCAUACAGCCUUUUUUUUUUUUUUUUAAGUGCCAGCCUGUACUUGAAAAUAUAACUCAUUUCCUGAUCAAAACAUUCCCCCCCUCCAUUUUAUUAUUGGGUGGGGUAGUUGCAACUGUCUUCAUAGUAAAAUCUUCCACUUAGGCAUCUUGUACUAAUUUUUACAUCCAGAAAAGUUAUUUUGUUGGGUUUUUGUGGUACACUUCUGAUAGCCUAACCCAUGGGAACAUGCAGCAGCAUUUUUUGUUUGUUUUGCUGGGAUUUUUUUGGAUUUUUUAAAAUAUUUUUUUAUUUUGCUUGAAACAUUUUGUCAGCAGGGGAGUGUGUGUGUGUUUGUUGCAUGCCUUGGCGCUAUUGCAGAAAUUCUUGUCCUUUUUCUGCUUUGAGCCAGACUUGCUCUGCAGUCCAGCACAUCUUUCAAUGACCUGUUUUCAUUGUAGAUUGUUUUGUUUAGAUAUUUUAUCACUAUCUGGCAAUGCAGCUUUAACCAUUUCUUACCAAAUUCUCGAAGCUUUUAAUCUUGAAUUGAGCUUCUUGUUAAUAACUGGAGUGUGUUCUUAGAGAUCAACUUAGGUUUCAGCAGGCCCUGAGUAUUAAAAAAAAAAAUCUUUGUAUUUCUUCUAAUGAGCUCUGUGGAUAAAUUGUUAAAUAAAACAUUAGAAGAAACAAAGAAAAAAAUGCAAAAUUAGGAUAAUAAAAGAUUAGUCCAUUUAUCACCUUAUCAUUUUGGUGUGACUUGUGUGGGGAAUAACAUAUUUCAGCUAGUUUGUAAUCAUUUUAAUAUGGGCUUGAGAAAUUUUCAGACUAGCGAGAAGCAGUGAAUUUUAUAGAAGAGUUUAGUUGAACACAAUAGUUUGUGUUAGUUUCACUUUCAAGAAUGAGUCAAAAAAAUUUAGUUUAGAACCCUUAUGGGAGAAUACAGGUUUAUUGUAGUCUUGUUUACCACCCUUGUUUCGCAUGUAUUUAUAAGAGACUGAAUGUGUUAGUCAUUUUGAACAUCCAGCAUAAGGUUUACUUUCAUUUAGCAGAAGUGUAUUAUGUGCAGUUAAGUAAUGGUCAAUAAAUAAAAAUCAAACAGAGGGGUUUAAAAAGCCUUCUUAAUGUUGGCUGCUGCUUUUUAUUUUGAUGCACAUGGUUCUGAUUGGAAGAUGGAAAUUCAAUUCUCAACUUGUCAGCUACUAGCCAUAUAUAGGGAGAAGGGUAUUUUACCUUUAAUAAUUGAUCUCAAAUUCCACUGUUUAAAAUAGAACAUUUUGUUGUUGAUUCCUAAACUAUCAACAGUAUUAAAACUUUAUUGCAAUUUAUGUAUUUGAAAUACUAAGGGAUAGACUUCAGUUAAGUUUCUUGCACCUUUAUGGUGCAAUUCAAGAUUGUGGUAGCAAGCUUCUUGUGUUUGAAGUGGAUCAAAUGUGGAAGUUAGUGAAAGUUGUCAUUUUUAUCUUUAUCAAAAUAUAUUUUUGUUUCUGUUUCGUGGGUUUUUUUAUAUGGAUUGUGUUGGCAAACGUCCUAGAGGCUUUGUUGAUAGAACAAUUUGGACUGGUAUGUGACAGAUGAGGUGGACAUUUUCCCUUUUUCACUAUGUUCAUCAUAUCAUGGCCAACACUUACUGCACCCAAAAAACAGCUUAUGUUUUUUGGUAUGCACGAUAUUCUCUUAAACUUACAUGAUUAUUUUAAAGGGCUUUAGCUUAACUGAAUAAUUAUUAUCCUUAAUAUUUGAAAGAGACUUUAUUUGAUUAAGCAUCACAGCACAUAAGACAUUAAAAACUUCAUACUAGAGAAAUAAAAUAAAACUCUUAAUAUAUAAUAAUCCAAGAGCAUGCUGGGAUGCAGUCACUGUGCAGUUGAAAAAAUUGUCACAACUCACCCAGUCGAAAGAGUAUUUCUGUUAUCCACAGCAGUGCUAACAGCAUCUUAACAAGCUUUGUGAUAUACAAGUACACUCUUGCUGUCAAAUUGUCUGUGUAUUUAUGAUGUGGAUUGUCAAGAGCUGUAUAUUUGCCCAGGAUGUGUAUGCUGUAAAUACUGGUUCAAAAUAGCAUGAUGACAUCUCUUUUUUUUAUUCUUUAAAUUUUACCAGAUGUAAUCAUUCUCAGUGUUGCAGAAAUCAUUUUCUCUCAUACAGAAAGAAAAAAACCUCCACUCUUGCUCAACAAGAGAUGUAGUGAGGAACAUUUUCAGGAGCUUUCACUUUCAGUGAGUUCUUUCAGGACAAGCUGCUCACCUGAAGCAAGUUCUGCAACAAGAAUCGCAUUUUGUCAUGUCUGGUCUAAAUGAGAUGUUGCCUUGUGUGCUUGUCAAGCAGCUGCAAGAUGCAAGUGUACUUCAAACUGUAUAAUUAAAGACAAAUGCAAACACCUCUGUCCGGCAACAUUGGAGUUUGUGUGUUUUACUUGUUAUAUCAAUCUUAAAUGAGUUUCGUUGUGAAGACAUGAUUCUGGCCUAGUUGUGAAAGCUGCAGCUUCUGUCCCACUGAAUGUUGUUGCAGAUGUAUGCUGAAGCAGCAGAACUUUGUUACAUGGAAAAUAAGUAUUGGAUGAUUAAAGCAAGUAAUCCAUCUUC